AUGAGGCAAUGUAUUCGUUUCUUUCUGUGUGAGGUGCAUGCAGACGCUCCCUAACAUCUCGCUCGGUCAUAUUUCGGUGAGUUAAUUUUAGGUGACGAAAUCCUACAAAGAGUGAGGCAACGGCUUUCACGCUACUCAUUUAUGUAGAGUGAUAUGUAUUUUUGUUACCGUUAUCACUCGCAUAUUUAGUUAAUUUGCUGUUCAACCCUUUCAACAUUUUUAUCGUAUUGGUUUAACCUUAGGUGGUCAACAUGCGCAGGUUUUGCGCACGGGUGAAGCUCGUGACAACACGUGCAGUGCGCGCGAUGAAGUCACAUUUCAUACUUUUGGAUUUUAGACCUUGAAGAUGUCUGAUGCUUGCUCUGAACCUGCAGGAGCCAUAAAGGCCAUUGACAAGCACUCUGUGCAUCAGAUCUGCUCGGGACAGGUGGUGCUGACUUUGGCCACUGCAGUGAAAGAGCUGGUGGAGAACAGCAUCGACGCAGGCGCCACUAGCGUUGAUGUCAGGCUGAAGGACUACGGAGCUGAACUCGUGGAGGUGUCGGACAACGGCAAAGGGGUAGAGGAGGCCAACUUUGAAGGACUGACGUUGAAGCAUCACACGUCGAAGCUGAGGGAUUUCUCUGAUCUCAUCCGCGUGGAAACGUUUGGCUUCAGAGGGGAAGCCCUCAGCUCUUUGUGUGCUCUGAGUGUCCUCAGUGUGGUGACGUGCCACGAGUCCAGCCAGGUGGGCACCAAGCUGGUGUUUGACCACAAAGGCCACCUGGUGCAGCAGUCCCCUCAUCCCCGGCAGCAAGGCACCACAGUCAGCCUGCAGCAGCUCUUCUACACGCUGCCCGUUCGACACAAGGAGUUCCAGCGCAAUAUUAAGAAGGAGUAUGCCAAAAUGAUCCAUGUCCUGCAGGCCUACUGUAUCAUCUCUACCGGAGUGCGCGUUACCUGCUCCAACCAAACCGCGCAGGGAAAGCGCAGCACAGUCCUCGGCACCACCGGCAGCCCGAGUAUGAGGGACAACAUCGGGGCCAUAUUUGGACCAAAACAGAUACAGAGUCUUAUUCCUUUUCAGCAAGUGUCUCCUGCAGAGAAUGUUAUUGAAGAAUAUGGACUCAAAGAUGCAGAUCUACCCAAGCAGCCUUUUAGCAUGGAGGGGUUCGUGUCACGAGGAGACCACGGUGUUGGGAGAAGUGCCACUGACAGGCAGUUCUUCUUCAUUAACAGCCGGCCUUGUGAUCCUCUGAAGGUGACUAAACUUGUGAAUGAAGUGUAUCACAUGUACAACAGACACCAAUAUCCAUUUGUUGCCUUGAACAUAGCUGUUGCCUCGGAGUGUGUGGACGUGAAUGUGACGCCCGACAAACGGCAGAUCUUCCUUCAGGAGGAGAAACUCUUGCUGGCUGUCGUGAAGACCUCUCUGAUCACCAUGUAUGAGGCUGGAGUCAAUAAGAUCAGCCUGAACUUUACCCCCAUACCCAGAACCAAUGACAUCGGUCCUGUGGUCCCAUCUAAUGAGAACGCGUCCGAACCCGGAGAGCACGCGGAAGCAGCGUCUCGCAGCUCAAAGUCGUCCCUCAACCUGUCCGCCCUGAAAGCAGCUUUCUCAAGUCCUCACAGCUCCAGUUCUGUGAACGCUGCCAAAGCUGCGACCAGUGGCCCUGCACAGAAAACACUUAGGACCUUUUUUAAGCACAGCGACAAACCUCCGCUCUGCCGCCCAGGGGUCGCGACCCCUUCAAGACCUGCCAGAGUUCUCCCCGAGAGCCCCCCAGUGGGGGGGGCUGAGCUGGACGGGUUCAGGCACGGAAGGGAGUCGUGGAGCGGCGACAAGUCGGAAAAAGACGGCGCCUCGCCAGAUCGCGUCGUCGCUACGACGACACCGGAUACUUGGCGCUCUGGCCCGGUCAGUUCCUCUGAACCGACCGACGCUGGGAAAAAAGAAACGCAGGAAGAAGCGUCAGAGGACCCCGAGCCCCUACAGGUCCAAAGUGAGCCGGGCACUUCCAACGAGGGCCGUGCGGCGGGCCCGGACGCCAAGAGGGCCCGGACAGACGAGCCGCGCCCCCCCGCCGAACACAAGGCCCACACUCAGUCGAGACGCUCGCCGGCGGUGGAUGCUCCGGUCUUCCUGCAGAAAAGGGCGGUGCCCCUCCACUUCUCCUUACAGGAGCUGGCCGGGAGGGUGAAGCGGCUGCAGGACCUGCGGAGACAGGCGGCCGGCGGUGAGCUGUGCUAUCGACGCUUCAGGGCCAAAAUCGACCCCGGAGAAAACCAGACUGCAGAGGCGGAGCUUAGUAAAGAGAUCAGUAAAGACAUGUUCAAAGAGAUGGAGAUCAUCGGCCAGUUCAAUCUGGGCUUCAUUAUCGCCAAACUCAACGCCGACCUCUUCAUGAUCGACCAGCACGCCACGGAUGAGAAAUACAACUUUGAGAUGCUGCAGCAGCACACGGUGCUGCAAGGACAGAAACUCAUCCAACCUCAGAAGCUCCACCUCCCCGCCGUCAGUGAAAACGUCCUCCUAGAGAACAUGGAGAUAUUCCGAAAAAAUGGCUUUGAAUUCCUUGUGGAUGAGGACGCUCAGGUGAUGGAGAGAGUUAAGCUGGUGUCUCUGCCCACCAGUAAAAACUGGACCUUUGGCCCGGCCGACAUUGAAGAGCUGAUCUUCAUGCUGAGUGACAGCCCGGGGGUCAUGUGUCGACCGUCCCGCGUCAGGCAGAUGUUUGCCUCCCGAGCUUGUCGAAAAUCUGUGAUGAUCGGCACUGCCCUGAAUGUAGCUGAGAUGAAGAAGCUCCUGGUCCACAUGGGGGAGAUUGACCACCCGUGGAACUGUCCUCACGGGAGGCCCACCAUGAGACACCUCGCCAACCUGGACAUCAUCUCACAAGAAUAACCAUGCUGGGAGAAUUACUGUGUUCUUGUGUGUUUCGGUUGUUUGUUAUUGCUCUGAUUUUAUUUGUAUUUCCAUUAUAAAAAAUAAAUAUUUUUAUAUCUUAACACCCACUUAAUGGGGUAAAUAAA